UACUCACGCGGAUGCUAUAGACCAAAUAGACACUUUUGAAUUAACCUCCACCAAGAUAGACAGAGAGCUGUGUCCAUGGUCGUCCCCAAGCUGCAGCAAACAGCAGGCCGAGGCCGGGGCCGGGGCCGGGGCCAUGGCGCCAUUGUUAUUGUUAUUCUUGUGGUGCUCUUCAUGUGCAGGGCUGCUGAUAGCAAACAAAGUGCAUAUCUGAAUCAAGUAAUUAUAAGCCAGUUCUUAACGCCGCACAAUGCGGCUCGGUCGGCAUUACAGCUACAUCCAUUGGUGUGGGAUCCUCACGUAGCCCAUUACGCAGAGUGGUAUGCGAGGCGAAGGCGCUGGGACUGUGCUUUGGAGCACUCCAACGGGCCUUAUGGAGAGAACAUAUUCUGGGGAAGCGGCGACGACUGGACCCCAGCUCAGGCGGUUGCGGAUUGGCUGUCGGAGAGGAGGUGGUAUGAUCGGCGGAGGAAUUCGUGCGCCUGGGACCGGGAGUGUGGGCAUUACACGCAGAUCGUGUGGAAUAGCACCAGGAGGGUUGGGUGUGCCAGAGUCCUUUGCUUUGGUGGUAGAGGCGUUUUCAUUACUUGCAACUACGAUCCGCCUGGCAAUUACAUUGGUGAAAGGCCUUAUUAAUGUUUCAUGACUUUCCCACAACGGCAUUCAGGUCACCACAUUUAUGAGAUUAGAAUUUGUGCUUCCUACUGCUUCUUUUUAAGCUAAUCCAUCGGGUGUGGGUGUGUGUUUUA